GAUCUCAGAAGUGCGGUCCUGAAGAUCUGCAAGUUCCUAGGCAAGAAGCUGAGCGACGAGGAUGUGGACAGUGUUGUGAGACAGGCUACGUUUGAGAACAUGAGAAAAGAUCCCAGGGCAAACUAUGAGAACCUACCAGAAGACCUCACAAAAAAAGACAAGGGUAGUUUUCUACGAAAAGGCACUGUUGGAGACUGGAAAAACAUCAUGACGGUGGCACAGAAUGAAAGGUUUGACAAAGUUCUGGGAGACAAAAUGAAGACCCUGCCUAUCAAAUUCAUCUGGGAUAUUAACGAUGAAGUGUAG